AUGAUAUCGAAAAGGAAAUACAACUCUUCAUCGCGUCAAAAGCAACGCCGCGAGGCCGAGGUAGACGAGAAGCUCCGUUCGCUCAACAUCUCGCUAUGUCAAUACCUCCAGUGGUACUUCAACCCAGACACGACAGCCCUUCAGGUCUUGACGCAUCGCCCAAAGCUUUUCAACGGUCAUUGGGCCAGCUUCGAACACGUGCUCAAUCUGAUCGUAAAAGUAGGCCGACAAAGUAGCAGCAAUGGACGAGAUCCAUCAAUACGUGGAUUGCCAAGCAGGUAGGUAAUGCUAGCCAUAUACCACAAUUCACAUCCCCUUUUGAUCACCCCGCAAGAUUGUAGCUGACAUCACGUUAUCUUGGAACAGUCUGACUCGAUCAUUGUUCGGGAGAUGAAGAGAUCAAAGCCAACUUAUGUUCCCAGCCACGAGAUCACACCCGACCGUCUGACAUCCGACUGCAUCGACGAAGGGCUCGACAAAAUUGCAGACGACAAUCAGUUUCUUUUUGGUCGAAUUCAAAACCUACUCUCUCGGUGCGCAGAUACUUAG